AUGGAGCUCAGUCAGCAGUCCAUCCACGAUGUCAUCCAUCCGACAGCCGCUUUCUCAGUGGCUUCUCCCGACCCUGCUCCAGAUUGCCCAGAUCGAAACUCCGCUGCCAGCUGGCAGGAUUCGUUGUUGAACCCCAAGAACCGCAUUGACAGCCUCGCGCCUCUGCCACGUCCGCUAUGGCGCAUCGACGGCUGUACUGCUUUUGGGAGCCAAUUCUACGCCGUGCCGCUCUUUCUCGAAACCAUUUCGCCGAUUCGGGUGGAUGUCUUUAUCCCCGAGCCCGCCAAGCUCUCAAAAGAGCUUCGUGGUGUUCUUGAUGUCGACGUUGCAUUCCACACCACGAGCGGGUCCCGCAUCGCCAUUUUAGGCAUUACACGUCACGUUCUUCGGAUCCUACAGCAUUGGACGUCACGAUUGAGGGACCCUACGCAAAUCUUCCACAACGUUCCAUUUGGGUCCAGAAUUGUUCUCGACAAUCUUCCCGUCAAUGUUGCUGAGGCCCGCAUUUCCGUUGCCCCAACUCACUACUUGGAACGCCAGCUCUUGUCUGCGCAGUCCCUUGAGAGCAACUGGGGGAACGACAUACAAUUGCCUCCAACCAUUGACAUUGGUGAGGUAUCCUAUGGCACACAGCUGCAUGACAGUGUCUGCCUUGUCCAGAUUCAGGGCAGAACAUGGAUUUUCAAAGCCCUUACCAGCUACACCAAGUACCUCUAUCAUGAGCUGAAGCAACUCUUGUCCAUUCAGCCCCACCCCAAUAUCAUCACUCGGCCAGCCCACUUGGUGACGAAGAAAUGUAGCUUUGGAAGCAAGGUGGCAGUUGUCGGGUUUACUCUGGAGUUUCAUACCUACGGCAGCCUUCGUGACUUGAUCCCUUUCCUGAGGAUACACGACAAGAUUUCGUUGGCAGAUGAGACAAAGUGGUCGCUUCAACUCGCAUCGGCACUGAUCCACCUCCGCAGAACGUCAACCAUUUUCUACCCGGACCUGAGACUUGACAACAUAGUCUUGUCAUCCUCUCGCAAUGCCGUCAUGGUCGACUUCGAACAACGGGGAGUCUGGUGCGAGUUUGCCGCCCCGGAAGUGAACGCCCUAGAAUAUGUGAGACUGCUUGCUGUUGACGAUGAGAUUCCACUGGAAGUCAGUGAGAAGUAUGCCAACAUUUUGACCGAAAUGCUCCCUGGUUGGGAGGCGAUGGGAGAAGGCGAGGGGUACGUGUGGCCGUCAAAGGGCUACAAUGUCCCUUGGGAAUGCCUUACCCCGACCGAGCAAGAAGCCUGUGAGGUUUACAUGUUGGGACGCGUGCUUUGGUGUAUCUUUGAGGGAAACAGUGCUCCCCAGCGAGCCGCCGUUUGGCUAUCGUACCGAUGGGAGCCCGCUGUGGAGUUUCCGGGAUACACCAGAACCCCGGAGCCCAUCCGGGGCCUCAUUGAUCGAUGUACCCGAGGAAGACAAGAUGGGAUGAGCAAGCUGAUUGUGCGUGAGAGAAAUCGGCUUGUGCUACGGGGAAACGAGAAUCGAGGUCUUUCCACGGCGGAGAACGUUCAGAAGACUGCCCGGGAUUGGUGGUCGAGGGAGGUUGAGGAAUCAGAGCGGUGGUUGAAGGAGAGGAUGGAGGGUAUGAAGCGGGGGGACUGGAAGGAGAAUUACUAUGACCGGCCGACGCUAAAGGAAGUUUUAGCUGAUCUGGAGGCAUUCCGAGAUGAGGGUGGCAUCGAUGCUUAA